AUGUAUGAGCCUAGCUGGUAUAUUCAACAUGUUGAAAUAUCUGGAAGUUGUAUAGACUCGAAAAAUAUUGAUAAAAAUUUGAUGGUUAAUAAAUGGAUGCCUCAAUUAAAAACUGUUAACAAAACUGCGAAAGAAUUUAUGAAGGAAAUCAUCAAAAGCAUUCCAUUAGACUCCCAACAUUUAUUUCAUUGGAGUGCUCUAAUUUUUCACAAAAAUUUGUAUACUAUUAAUGGUAUGUUUAAGUCAAAUUAUAUCUAAAACUCAUGACAAUAUGUUUUUUAUUUUCAGGAAAAUAUUUCGAAUGGCUUCAAAAGUUCAGCGCACACUUCAAACAUCGAGCUGAAUUAUACUCAUUCAUUAUUUCUGAGAACAUCGAUCAUAUCGUUUUUAGAACUUCGCAUAUUUUUGAAAGUAUCAAAAAUAAAGAGAAAACUGAAGUUUGGCAUUUUAUAAUUGAAGCUGCUUGUGAACAUUUACGAGUUGCUAUGAAACCACAUAAAAGACAUGAGGUUUGGAAAAUUCGACAAAUGCAAUUUAGACCAGAUUAUGAUCUUUAUCGGAAUAUUGAGAAGCGAAAAGAAGCUUUGAUGGAAGAAGUUGAUUUUUUGAUUCAAGAGUGGGUUUAUUUUACAGAAUGUUGAAUUAUUAUCGAUGUCUUAAUGCGCUCUACUGCGCUCUAUUGCACAAUUUUUAAAACGAGAGAGUAAAACUGUGCGAGACACCAGACGGAAAAGGGAUAGACCAAACUCUACCGACUUUUUUUCUCAAAUUGGCUAAUGUGUUAUUUUCAGAAUUGAAAACAUCGCCAACGAGCGGUCACCUAAAUAUUUCUACAAACUCGAAAAAUAUGGCCGCGCAAUACGAUUCGAUAAACCCGAAUUAACUCCAAAUUAUGAGAAUGGAACUGAUCUUUUCAAGAAAGUAUUUGAAAUUCCGAUUUCAAUGAAACUCGAAAAAUGCGAAACAUGGCUGAAUAAAAAUGGGAAAAAUCUAACAGCCACUGUUAAUUGCGAAUAUGAGUGUAUAAGUCAAAAUUCUAUAGGUCAACAGCGAACAUUUUCAAGACAUGUGAAGUUGGAAGUUUUUGGAAGGAUGGUAAGAUGUGUGAAAAUACUAUCUUCUCUCUGAAAAUAUCUGAAAAUUUUACAGGAAGAGUAUGAGCUCGAAGCAGAAGUUGUGGGAAUUCGGGUAAUUCUUCCAAUAAUCAUGAAACGUGCUCAAAAUUCGAUGACUAUUUAUCAUGUAUGUAGACGAAUCAUUGUUUAUUUCCUCAAAAAAAAAAUAAAAUUUCAGGCAGACUUAUCGUUAUCAUUUCACAGGCCAACACUUGUUAUAAAUCAUGAUGAUUUUGCCAAAAAGAUAACUAGAUUGCUCAUCGGACAAUCAAGUUAUGAAUAUUCGAAUUGGAAAAGUAGUUAUGAUACACUUUUCUCAUACAUUGAUAACAAGGAUUUUCAUUCAAAAAUCUGUGGAAAAUCACAUAGCAAACAUGCAGCUGAAAUGUUCAAAAUAUAUCUGGAAAGAAAUCGAAAAACAACGAAAUUUUCGAAAUUUGAUAUCGAAGUGAUUACAAAUACUGAGGAAUCGAAAAUAGAGUUUAAAAUUGUCUACAAUUCAAUUAAUUUGAUGGACUUUCUCGCAACUGAAACUUAUACAUUUGUUGCUGAAAAAGGUGUUAUUUCGGAGAAUUGGUGGAUCAAAUCAGUUAAUAUUGAGGGAGCUUGUAUUUAUCAACAGUUGAAUUCUAAAUUUGUUUCUUCAUUGACGGCUAGGGAUAUACAAGGAAUGAGAAGAUAUAAUAACUAUUUUCUCGGCGAAAUCGUGUAAGUUUAUUUUUCAAGAAGGUGGUGAGACAAGCAUUUCGAUUUCCCUCAAAAAAUUUAGCACAACAAAACGAGACUCCGCGUUGACGGCGUGGUUUGAAUUAAUGUUUUUUUCAGUUAUACCCGGGCUAAUCUCAUAAUUCAGAAUUCCAUACAUUGAAAAUGAGGGCAAUGUUCCUAUCAAUCUAUAUUCAAAGAAUUUCCAAGGAUACAUAAUUGCAAAUCCAAAUUUGACUGAAAUCUAUACAUUUGAAGAAUUCAAAAUGUAUAUGCGAUAUUUUGUGAAAUACAAUAAACGGAGACCAAAAGUCAACUCACAAUCACAAAUUAUUGUAACAGAACCAAAUCAUUUUGUCGUGCAAAUCACAAUGAUUUUCGAUCAAUUAAUUCAGAAUAGAAAUCAGUCGUCGAAGGAUGAUUGGAUAUUUAUGAUUGAAGGAUCUAGAGAUUCGGAGGAAGAAUACUGGAAGAUCACAAAACUUGUACUCUCACCAAAGUUGGAAUUUCUGACAAACGGCAUGUUUAUAUGGAGAGCAAUGUUGAAUUAUAUGAUGGAUUCAGAAGAUAAGUGAGUAAUUUUUUUGAGGACUUCUGACAAAUAAUGUUUUAAAGUUAUUUGGAACUUGCUCGAAAAAUGCUGAAGAUUUCACGGAAUUCCACUGAAGAGAACACGGUGUUAUCGAACUGUGAGCCUAGAACUUAUGACUACACACCUAGAGAAUUCAACAAGUUUCUGCAACGUUUUGUUGAAUGUUUGAAAUUGGCAGAUCCGAAAACUGAAUUAACAUCUUCAAAAGAUAUUUCGCGUCCAUUCAAACAGAUUAAUACAUUUAAAUUUCAUAUAAUCUAUAAGAUUAUUAUUGGAGGAAUUAAGAAGUUCUUAAUUGUCAAUCAUUAUGCACAAUAUGUAAGGAACAGAUCAUUUUGAAAAGAUAAUAUUUAAAUUUUCAGAAUUUCAAAUAUGGUUAUUAUCGGGAUUGGAAACUUGAGCUAACUUGUCUAGCGGAUAAAGUUGAAGGGCAUGAUGAUUAUUAA